CAAACUGUUGCUUCGCGGUGUAUAUUUGACACAAACGUUACCUCAAGUGAUAAGGUGACUUUCUCUUCAGGAGUAAAGUCGAUUUGGCUUGUAAUCGUCAUAAAUGGAAACCGAUAUGUGUGGCGCAUAUGUAUUCGGUGCCCCUUUGUACCAAUAUUUAUGUGUCCAAAUGAAAUAAAUAACAAUGUGUCGAUUGAUUCAAAUAAAUCUAUAGAACUCCACUAUUCAAUUUUUGGUUAAAAGUUAAUAUUUAUUGCCAUCUGCCUUAUUUCAGAUAUGAUGUCAGCCUAUAUUGGUACAUUAAUUAACUCCAUUACAUACGUAGAUAUCUCAAUGCAAUACUAUCCUGGCAGUGAAUACCAACUAUACAUACUGUUCCGUAUUAGAUAUCUUCUUAGAUAUACCCUCAACUUUUUCAUUUUCUUAGAUGCUUUCCUGUUCUGUACGGAUAAAUGCGGUCAAAGUCUCAACUUCUGUUCUAAAAGAGUACGAUAAUCUCCUACGAUCAUUUUCAAAUUCAGUGUUUGGUUGUUGUUGGUUCCCGCCAGUUUAAAUAAUAUCCUCUAUCAUUAUUUACUUGAUUACUAACCCAAAAUUAAUUACCGUUAGGACUUAGUUACAUUGAUUAGUGUCCAUAGCGAUUAAUUGAUGUAUCAUUUUAAAAAUACUUAUCAAAUUAUGGUUUAGUAUCCUUAUUAAGGUAUGUUAUCUCUUCACUACAAUGACCACCUCUGUAUUCGUAAGUUUAUAGAAUAACUGCAAUUUUCCUAGAAUGACACGUUUAAGACAUAUUCAUGCUACCGGAACUUGUAUUUCAGCAUUGUCAGUCAGUUAAUCAUUAUCAACUUGUGACCUAUCACAAAUGUUGUCACACUAAACUGGGAAGUCAAGUUGAAGUAACAAGUACGAAUAUUAAGGUAAUCGAAGUAGUCGUUGUAUCGGUGAUAAUAACAAGACAUACAAUACCAUAUAUUGGGAUUCGCUCUUUGAGAUAGUCUGAUGAAAAUGGUUCAGUGGAAUUUUAUGGAUAACUCUAAACGCUAAGUUUUUUAUCGACGUAAUGACCAGUAUCCACUAAAUGAGCGAAGAUAGAGCUUCUUACUACUUUCUUGUGUCAACCAUGAUGUAUGAUGUUCAGAAAUACGAUAAUGCCUAGUUCCUAUGCAUCUAUUUGUAUUUACUAUUUCAACUGCUCUUGUGGAGCUAGUUAUUUUGAACUUGCAACCAGACAAAGGCAUCAUUGUAUUUCCGAAUAUCAUACCUCAUGGUUGACAAAAGAAAGUAGUAAGAAGUUCUAUCUUGGCCCAUUUAGUAGAUACCGGUCAUCAUAUCGAUAAAAAAUUUAGCGUUUAGAGUUAUCAAUAAAAUUCCACUGAAAUUACCCUAGGGUUCCAGAAUUCGGCCCUCAUAAAAAUCAUAAGCUAAGGGAAUACAUAUCAAAAUACUUAAUCUUUGUAUACAGAAAAGGUAUAUACAACCUCUGAAUGUACCCUGGGUUUCCACUUAGAUAUUAUUACGUUUCUCAAAACUUAUUCUUUCUCUUUUAAAAUUUUUCAAACUUCAGUUUUGUUAACAUUUUAAUUUUUAUCCUAAUCUUGCGUAACUUGUUUAAUAAUCUUACUACCUAAUUUUGGUUGCACCUGUCUUACUAAUUACUGGCAUAAAGCUACGUCGGAUACAUGAACAUCUUGACCAUCUUCAUCAGAUUAUCUCAAAGUGUGAAUCUCGAUAUAGGAUUCUGUCUUGUCCAUGUACGUCGCUCUUCGGCGAUCUAAGACAAGUCCUGUAAUCAAAGUCUUUGAUCUCAAACUAGUGGAACGGGAUUUGAGUAACGCGUCAUACCAUUAUCGUUCAGACUCUUGCCAUCGAGAAUUAUUUUCUCUGAGUAAUAGCAUAUUACUAUUUUGUCUUACUUUCUUCAAAAUUCUUUACUGAAAGACGUUAGUGACAAAACUAGAAUGAAAUUAUAAGAUUACGCAACCACACUUCUGGUUUGGAACGAUGAAAAAUUUAGUUUGUAUCUACGUUCUUUGAGUGGGUUGUUUUCCGUAUGCAGUUCGCAUAAUGUUAAUAAAUCCUAGAUAGUCCUCUCUAAUAAGCGAUUCCAGAUCACAGUCCUUUUUAACUAAUUUAAGGUAUCCAUGAUGUCAGGGGAUAAAAUGAUUGUUAGCAGACAGUUAGUGAAACUAUUCAAAACUUUCGCAGUGUGCAGCUAUCAAUAAAAAAACCUGGAUUCAUACGUUUUGCAUAAACUCUAAAGUAUGACAAACAGGGGUCCUUUACUGUUUACGGCCAAAAUAUGUAUUUAUAAACUUUUCACAGCCCCUAAAUACCUUAAAUCGUUUUUGAAAAUUUUAGCAGCCUACCCUUCGAUGAAUGUGAAAUACUGUUUCUCCUAUAGCAUGUAUUCUUUCGUCUGGUUGUUGCGUUAUUUUGACUGAUAAACACCAAUCAAUAAAAGGUUCGUGUUGUUCUAGGUCUGAUCGAGAUCAGUACCACAUGUUCUGUAACUUCUAACUUUCUGUGUAAUUUUUUGUUUUAUCAGGUAAAUUUCCCCUUUGAAGUUUGGAUGUUGUGAUACUUGUUUCCAACAUAUGACCACAAAAAUUGCAACAGUAGCCAACUUGGCUUUUCAUGCAUUUCAACAGCACUCAGUACGUGCUACAUUGGGCCCAGCAUCAGCUAAUAUUAACAAUGGGAUGGGGGAUUCUCAUCCUUGUACAAAUGGCAAUUCUCCAACACAUUCUGAUAAACCCGUUUCCCCAACUCUUCCGGUAAAACAUAAACAUUUAUCGGAAUCUUUAUGUCGUUUGCUAGCAUGUGUUCGCUCUCUUACUCCAAAAGAUGUUGGGUUUGAUGUUCGAUGGAUCUCUGAUUCAAAUAUAUCAUCUGCUCCAGUCGCUUAUGUGCAUAUUAUGGAAAAUGAAGUAUUUUCCAUGGGUAUUUUUAUUUUGAAACCUGGCUCUCGUAUACCCUUACAUGAUCAUCCGGGAAUGUAUGGAAUUUUAAAAGUUUUAACCGGUUCUGUACGAUGUCGUAGUUUCACACGAUUGAAAAAUGUCAAAUCAACAACAGAUUUAGGAAAUUAUAAACCAUCGUUAUCGGUUUUUGAUGAUUCAAAAUGGCAAUUGACCGACUUAAUCAUUGCUCGACCACAUCAAGAUACAGUCCUAUCUCCGGACCAUCAACCUUGUUUGCUUUUUCCAAUUGAAGGUAAUUUACAUGAAAUUACUCCAGUUGAUGGCCCGGCAGUUUUUCUCGAUAUACUAGCUCCUCCAUAUGAUCAUGAUUUAGGAACCAGAGAAUGUCGAUUUUAUAAAGAAGUCAUCAUACCACAAAUGAACUCUAAUUCACUAUUAUCACAGAACAACUUGCAUAAUAACAAUAAUAAUGAAGAACUCUUAUCUUCAGCUGAUUCUUCAGAUCCUGAUCAAUGCACAAAUCAGUCAGAAAAAGAUUCAAUUGUUUAUUUAGUUGAAACAAACCAACCAUCAGAUUAUUGGUGUGAGUCUGCGGAAUAUAAUGGACCUAGUGUAGUUUAGUAUUACUGAAGAGUGUUUUUUUGUUAGAAAAAAAAUAUUGAAUUUUUUUCCCGUGGUUAUUUAAUUCUACUACAUCAGCUUAUCACAUUCACUAUUUCUAAGAACUUACUAGCCUCAUUAUUAUUAUUUAUCGUUAAUGAUUCAUUCUCGUGGCAUUUUCCACUGUUCAUCCAAUUUUGAAUAUUUCAAUCUCCCUGCUUCUGUUACUCUCCAUUCCUUUUCUCUUUCUUUACUUAUGUGAUAAUAAAAUCAGUUUAUAAUUUGAUGUACAAAUUCACUUCGCCUCAUUUUCAUCAUAAUACUGGGCAGUCCAGUAUUCUGCAUUACUUUUCACACAUCGGUAUACCCAUUCUCUUUUUUGCGAUGUCUUUUCGGUUAAUACCGCCAUGUUUAGUUUAUUCUUGCUUUUGUUUACAUUUUAAGUAUUUAAAGAAAUCUGUGUCCUUGGUGUUAUUAUUAUUAUUAUUAUUAUUAUUAUUAUUGUGGUUUUUCAUGGUGAAAACAAAACACAGAGAAAAUCAUUGUACAUGCACCCUUGUUAUUCAUGCUCUCAUAGCAUCAUUCUGCUGAAGUUAUUUCCUUGAUUGAUGAUUAUACUAGUGUUGUUAGUAGUGGCAAUCUAUUCAUCAGAGUAUUGGUUUAUGCGUACAAUCUAAUGUUUUACUGCCUUUGUUUUUCUCCAUGUACCCCCUAAUGUUUUAUUUCCUGUAUGUGAUUUUUGUGGUCAGAUCCAGUCAUAGUACUUUUCUUUGUAGUGAUAGUAGUAGUGGUAGCAGUAUCGAUAAUAAUAAUAAUCAACUUAAAAGUUAUCCCUUCCAUAUUUAUCUCAUUUCGUUACUGAGUGCGAAAACACUAUCUGUACUAUACACCUAUAAAUAUGCAUAAAUUUAUGUAACAAUUUAAAAACAAUACAUACUUCAUACAUUAUCAAGGCUGAAAUUAAAAAAAAAGAGAAUAUUAUGUUGAUUCAUGUAUAUUUCAACGAUUUUCGGGUACUACACUUGCUUGUAUCUAUAUUAUUUACUGUAAUGAAGAUAUAUGCAUACAUAAAUGUUCUUUUACGUGUUAGUGUAUAAAAUUUCUGCACUUAU